UCCAUUUUGUUCGCGGACGCUGGGGACAGUGGGAGCAGAUCCAUUUCCGGGUUGGCAAAAGGGGCGGCGGCGGCGACGAGAAAGAGAGCUUGCAGGGGGGCGCGCGGGACAGGACGAAACCGAAGCGCAGGUGGCGGAGGAUUCGCUCCCGGAGCAGCUGCGGCCAGGAUCUUGAUGCCUUGAUCCACCCCAGCCAGUCCUGGAUGAUGGGCACCUACCUGUGUUCCUGGCAGCCUUAGGGAGGACCCAAACCUGGAACCUUCCCUUCUAGGUAUAUGAGUGACCUAAAGCUGCAAAUAAAGACGGAGAGAGAGCAGUGCCAACUGGGAACAGGGCAAGGAUGCCAAUUCCUCCUCCCCCUCCACCCCCACCCGGUCCUCCUCCACCUCCCACUUUCAAUCAGGCAAACACAGAGCAGCCCAAGCUGAGUAGAGAUGAGCAGCGGGGUCGAGGUGCCCUCUUACAGGAUAUCUGCAAAGGGACCAAGCUGAAGAAGGUGACCAACAUUAAUGAUCGGAGUGCUCCCAUCCUUGAGAAGCCCAAAGGAAGCAGUGCUGGUUAUAGCCCUGGAGCAGCUGCCCUGCAGCCCAAGGGAGGUCUAUUCCAAGGAGGAGUGCCGAAGCUUCGACCUGUGGGAGCCAAGGAUGUCUCAGAGAACCUAGCUGGUAAGCCAGCCCUGCAGGUCCCCAGUUCUCGAGCCGCUGCCCCAAGGCCUCCAGUGUCUACAGCCGGUGGGCGUCCUCAAGAUGAUACAGACAGCAGCCGAGCCCCAGAACUGCCCCGGAUGCAGAGACCCUCUUUACCAGACCUCUCUCGGCCUAAUACCACCAGCAGUACGGGCAUGAAGCACAGUUCCUCUGCCCCUCCGCCACCUCCCCCAGGGCGGCGUGCCAACGCACCCCCCACGCCUCUGCCUAUGCACAGCAACAAAGCCCCAGCCUACAACAGAGAGAAACCCUUGCCGCCAACACCUGGACAGAGGCUUCACCCUGGUCGAGAGGGACCUCCUGCUCCUCCCCCAGUCAAACCACCUCCUUCCCCUGUGAAUAUCAGAACAGGACCAAGUGGCCAGUCUCUGGCUCCUCCUCCUCCGCCUUACCGCCAGCCUCCUGGAGUCCCCAAUGGACCCUCCAGUCCCACUAAUGAGUCAGCCCCUGAGCUGCCACAGAGACAUAAUUCUUUGCAUAGGAAGACACCAGGGCCUGUGAGAGGCCUAGCACCUCCUCCACCGACUUCAGCCUCCACCUCUUUACUCAGUAAUAGGCCACCUCCCCCAGCCCGAGAUCCUCCCAGUCGGGGAGCAGCUCCUCCACCUCCACCCCCCAUGAUCCGAAAUGGUGCCAGGGAUGCUCCUCCUCCCCCACCACCCUACCGAAUGCAUGGGUCAGAACCUCUGAGCCGGGGAAAGCCCCCACCUCCACCCUCAAGGACGCCAGCUGGACCACCCCCUCCUCCUCCACCACCUCUGAGAAAUGGCCACAGAGAUUCUAUCACCACUGUCCGAUCUUUCUUGGAUGAUUUUGAGUCAAAGUAUUCCUUUCAUCCGGUGGAAGACUUUCCUGCUCCAGAAGAAUAUAAACACUUUCAGAGAAUAUAUCCCAGCAAAACAAACCGAGCUGCCCGUGGAGCCCCACCUCUGCCACCUAUUCUCAGGUGAAACCUGGCUUGGUCCUGUUCCUCAGGAAAAGGAUGGACCUCUCUCCUCCUCAGAUGGUCCCUUCCAUUCCCCUGAAACCUGCAUGAGAGCUCCUGAUGUGUUUCUCCAGUGCAGCCAACCCCAGACUCCACGUGUCCUCCCCGCUCACCUCCAUCUAUGCACCUCGUCUCUGGAUUUGGUGAUCGGACUCUUUAUAUUGACAGUAGGGUCUUAAGCCCUGCCUCCAUCCUUCCUCUCACAAGCCCGGCUAGCCAGAUGAGGAGAAAGCUUUCGUGUCUCCUGCUUUCCUCUUGGGGAAAGGUGCCUUGUGAUGAAUUAACUUACUGUUGGGGCAGGGUGGAGACUGGUACUCCUACCUCCUCCUACCCACUGUGGGGGAAGCUUGACAGGUAUAUUUCAUCAUUUAGGAGGCCAGCAAGGCCAGGACUUCUUGGGGGGAGGGGCUAUUUGUAAUGAAGCAGGAAAGGAGUUUGCGGAGAAGUGAUCUGUUUUAAAGGUCACGUUUGGGAAAAGGACAAGGUAAUGGGUCUUGUUUAUUUUUAGGGGUAUUUUGGGUUUCUUCUCACCUUGCCCCUACCCCCACCCCCACCCCAGGAAUAAGUUGGCUAUAAACACUAAAUACUAAUCAGCUGAACUAAACAUUUAAUAAAAAGAGAGGGUGAGAUAAACCCAGAAUCAUUUUAGAGCCUGUCAGUUCCUCUGUAGCAAAGGGACUUUGAGUCCUCUGCAACUUCCUACCCCAUUUCCUCAGGGUGCUAGGCUGAGAGAUUUUUUUUUUCUUCUCCCCAACUGCCCAUCCCCUCCAGAGAAAAUUCACUUUUUGUUGGGGAGGGGCAUGAUUCAUUCCUAAUUCACAUAUUCUAAAAAUUGCGGGUGAGAGAUAGAAAGAUAGGGCCUAGGCUCGGGCCUUAACCUCAACCUGGAGUUGGGCUCAGUUUUUUCUGAUUGGCCCUGAAGGUCAGUGACUCUUUUCAGUCCUUCAGUCCCUGGAGGACAAAGAAAGGAAGGGGGAAGCACUUCAUGGGAGGGACAGGCUUUGUGGGGCUACCAAGUUCUUUAAGACUUGAUCAUCCUGAAGUUCACAGCCCAUCUGAGCAGGCUCUUUUCUGUUCCUUUCCCAAGAUGUCGAGGGUUAAUGCACCAGAAUAGAGAAGAGUGGGGAAGUGAGUAGAAGCUUACGGGGAUAUGCAAAGGUUUAUCUAUGCCAAGAAGCACAAAGACUUCGGUGAGGUGAACCUCAGUCAACACAUCAUUUCUUCGUCUUCCAGGUCCUAGUUUAAAGAGCACAGAAAAGAAUGGAGGCUCUUAGUCUAAGUGGGAGCCAAGCCUGGACGAUGGCACAUGGGCUUCCCCCGAGACUCCUGUGCUCAACACACCGAAUGGUUUAGUUUGCUGCAGCUGUUGUCACAUGUAAAGGCUGCUGUUAACCUUGGAAUGAGAGCAGGGAGACCAUAGCUGUUCCUUGAAAUGCAUAAGGGAAAUUAGUUUUUCACAGGCACAUCACAGGCUUAAACCAUUUUAGGGACUUGUCUUGAUUUAUGGAUCACAGGCCAAGGAUCUGUGUGUGGUGCCAGGUAAAACCCAGGUCUUCCCGAAGCUAAGUGAGGGAUGGUUCAACCUGGAUUAUGUGUAUGGGAUCUGUUUUCCUUUGCCCUCUCUUGGACUACAUUGGUUUUUGGGACAAAUCAUGAUUAAUUAGGUCUGUUACUAAACUUUUUCUAAUAAUUUUUUAUUUAUCAUUCUUUUCAAAUCUGUUAGCAG